GAUGCCAUGUGGACAAGUGACUGUCAACACUCAGGGUAAACUGACACGUUUAGCACUGUUUUAACCGCCGCAGCUGAGAAUGAGUCUUCUACCUCGCACUGCUGAGGAGUUCAGCUCCGCCGAAUACUGGGAGAGGUUUUUUAAGAAGCGCGGAGAGAAGGCGUUUGAAUGGUACGGAGACUACAACAAACUCUGCGGCGUGCUGCACAAAUACAUCAAAGUCCAAGACAAGGUGUUGGUGGUCGGUUGUGGUAACUCUGAGCUGAGUGAACAGAUGUAUGAUGUCGGCUACAAACAUCUUACUAACAUCGACAUCAGUGAGACAGUGGUGACCCACAUGAACCAGCGGAACGCUGAGCGCCGGCCGGGCCUCACCUUCCAGCAGGUGGAUGCUACACAAACUCCAUAUGAGGAUGCCAGCUACCAGGCUGCUCUGGACAAGGGCACACUGGAUGCUAUGGCAUCAGAAGAAGAAGGAGCACUGGCCAGGAACAUGCUCACUGAGGUGGGCCGGGUGCUAAGUGUUGGUGGCCGGUAUGUCUGUGUGACGCUGGCUCAGGAAAGUGUGAUCCAGUUAGCCGUGGAGCACUUUGUUCAGCUGGGAUGGGCUGUGAGGCUCCACUGCCUGCAGGAGGAAAGUGGGAAAGAAGAGGAUUCCUUUGCUCUGCCUGUCUUUGUCCUGGUCUGCACCAAGUUUCGUCAGCCCAUGCCCAUGCCUAUUCUGGAGAUGUGUGUUGGGGAAGAUGGAGCCCCUACUCGUCUCACACAGGUAGCAGAGUUGUUGUCAGCUGUGAGGGAGCAUCAGGCUUACUCUGUGUUGAAAAAGAGGCUCCGUACAAGCACAGAUGCCAGCUCGAACCCGUCACUCACUCUCUGCCACGCCAAAACUGGCCUUCCCAGAUACACUCUUACAGUUCAAGAUUGUCCUCCAGGUGCCAAGGUGCCAAGAUCAAACCAGUUUGCUAUUUUCAUUGUGCCUCAAGGCAGUGAGACAGCUUGGCUCUACUGCUCCAGUGAGGGGCGAAGGCAGCUGGCAGCCAGUGCCAACUUCCGGCGCCUGGUUAUUGUGGCAAUGCACAGGAAUCAGGAGUACACAGACAUGCAGGCUGUCCAGUCAGAACUCUCACCAAUGGUGAUGGACCUGGCUCCCCCGGGUAUGCCCACCAACCAGCAGGUGCCAUUUCUGUCAGUUGGAGGUGACCUGGGUUGGCGAGAGGAGGUCAGCAGAGGUGUGAGUGAGCUGAGCGGGGAGUACUGCGUGGAGAAUGUCAGAGGAGAAGACGGAGAACUGUAUCGGAGACUUGUUUUCCUGGCUAACGCUGCUUUACUUGUCCAAUCAGAGAGCCGUCUUGUCUCUUCAAAUACUGCAUCAAGUCACAAGAAGAAAAAUAAAAAGAAGGUCAAGCCAACAGCCGCUCCAAAAACAUCCACCAGCUCUCUUUCCGUGGACAGUGGCUUCCUCUGCUGCGCUCACCAUGAAGUUAUGGUGGCUGGCCUUACCAUGCUCGGGGUGGGCACGCCUCAGAACAAAGAUGUCCCAGUGUCAGUCCUCCUGGUGGGGCUUGGUGGAGGAGGCCUGCCUCAGUUCCUACGGGACUUUGUGCCCAAUGUUACAGUCGAGGUUGUAGAACUAGACCCUGCUGUGAUGGAAGUGGCGAAGGAAUGGUUCGGAUUCAGACCAGACGACCAUUUGACUGUCACUCUGGGGGAUGGCCUUGAGCGCAUCUGUGCCUUGGAGAAAGAAGGUGGUCGUUUGUUUGAUGUCAUCAUGUUCGAUGUAGACAGCAAAGAUAGCACUGUGGGUAUGAGCUGUCCUCCUGCUGCCUUUGUAGAAACCUCAAUCCUGCAGAAAGUUUUCAGCCUGCUAACCCCCAGAGGUGUAUUCAUGCUGAACCUCGUGUGUCGUGACCCAGUCUUGAGGAAAAGCGUGUUGGAGCGUGUCAGCGCCGUGUUUCCCUCCAUCCUCUCCAGAAAGAUUGAAGGGGAGGUCAAUGAGGUUCUUCUGUGCUCUCGUGGAGAAAACAAGACAUUGGAUGCUGCUCACAUCCUUCAGUCCCUGAACCAAGCAGGCAAGAGUCUGCAGAGCGCGCUGUGCUCUAACAGGACUGAAACCAACAGCAGCCCACACAUAGACAUCGCAGGGCUGUUAAAAGACCUUAAAGUAGAGUAAAGUUUGUUUCUUACCAGAGGGGGAUGGGAUUAAAAGAUGCAGUGUGUAAGAUUUAGGGGGCGAUAUCGACAGAAACUGAAUAUUAUAUAAGUAUUUUUUCUUUAGUGUGUAAUCACCUGUGAGUAAGAACCAUUGUGUGCCAUUUAUAUCUACAUAGAGAGCAGGUCUUUGUUCAUGGAGAUCACCACGCUGCACUGCCUUAUUUCUGCAGUACCCCAGAGCAACAAACCAAACACUGACUCUAGAUAGGGCUGUGCAUGUUUUUGAAUCGACCACUGUAGUAAGAAGCCCCUCCAUGACAAACAGCAUCAGGAAAACACUGAUUUUUAAACAUGAAACUGCUUUAUUCUGUUUUUUAAGGGUUUAAAUCACCAUGUCUGCUUCUUUUAGAGAGGAAGAGACCUUCUUGGAUUAUUCGGCUCUUGGUAAAAAUCUCCUGAACGUCUGGAUAUUAAGUGUCCAACAUGACAAACAGUGCCGAAGAAACACUGAUUUGUAAUGUAACAAUGUUUUAUUCAGUGUUUUUACCACUGGGUUCGUUUGUUAUUCAGGGGAGACCUCUGUGGGUAAUUUGGCUCCCCGUAAAAACCUCCUGAACGUCUCAGAAAACAGGUGAGCACGCAUGGCGCGCUGAGCAGCGUAGGAGAUACAUUGAUUUGUAAAGUGAAACUGCUUCAUUCAGGUUUUAUCAUCACCUGGUGGUUUGGAGAGGAGGGGAAAUCUGCAGAUAAUUCAGCUCUGGGUAAAAAAAAAACCCCUUGAACAAUGAACACUAGGCUGCAUUAGCGUUGUCGCCUCACAGCAAGAGGGUUCCUGGCAGAGUUUGCAAGUUCUUCUUCAUGUCAGCGUGGGUUUCCUGCGGGUACUCUGGUUUCCUCCCACAGACAUGUGGGACCUGCAGAUACAUGCAGGUUAGGUUAAGUGGUGACUCUAAAUUGUCUGUAGGUGUGAAUGUGAGUGUGAAUGGCUGUUUGUGUCUGUGUGUCAGCCUUGCCAUAGUCUGGCGUCCUGUCCAAGGUGAACCCCGCAUCUCACCCAGUCUGCUGGGAUAGGCUCCAGCACCCCUGCGACCACUAACAGGAUAAGUGGUUACAGAAAAUGAAUGAAUGAAUGAAGGGACACUAGGGGAUAUCUGACUGGAGAGGUUUCAGCUGGUUGCAGUCUGCAGUCCUCUCACUAGAUGUUACAAAAUCCCCCUAGAUCUUACACACUGUUCCCAGUGGUGUGGUGGUAGGUGAUGAGCUGGGUGUACUGCAAGGUAAAUAGGUUACUGGGGAGGAAGUGUGUAUACCCUCCUAUAUAUAUGUGUAGCCUAUAUUAUCUUUGGCUGAUAGGUAUACUGUAAAUGGCCACACCCUCCACUACACCACUGACUGUUCCUUUAAUCAUGUGCCAACACUGUUUGAGGCAUUAUGAACUGAAUUAUAAGAGUAAGUGCUUUCACUGUGCCAUUCGGUGCAAUAUAAUAAAAGGAAA